UGACCAAGAAGAGGAAGAAGAGAUGAUUUUUGGUGAAAAUGAAGAUGAUUUAGAAGAGAUGAUGGAUUUAAGUGAUCUGCCUACCUCACUUUUUGCUUGCAGUGUCCAUGAAGCAGUGUUCGAGGUGCAGGAGCAGAAGCCAUGGCUCUGCGCUACCCCAUGGCCGUGGGUCUCAACAAGGGCCACAAGGUGACCAAGAACGUGAGCAAACCGAGGCACAGCCGCCGUCGCGGGUGCCUAACCAAACACACAAAGUUCGUGCGGGACAUGAUCCGAGAAGUGUGUGGCUUUGCCCCGUAUGAACGGCGUGCCAUGGAGCUGCUCAAGGUCUCCAAGGACAAACGGGCCCUCAAAUUCAUCAAGAAAAGAGUGGGGACACACAUCCGUGCUAAAAGGAAGUGGGAGGAGCUGAGCAAUGUCCUGGCCGCCAUGAGGAAAGCAGCUGCCAAGAAGGACUGAAACCCCUCUGUGCACAAUAAAACCU